UCUAACGUAAAUGCCUUUCUCCUUCGCGCUGUGUUUCUCUGCUGCUGCUCUCCCUCCGAAUCGGACCGAGAAGGGGCAGCUUCAGAGGCCGGCUUACGCGUAAAUAGCCAGAGUGUUUUAACUGAAGGAGUUAGAGCAACAACUGCUUGGAAAAGGCAGGGGCUGCCUGCUUGCCACUGACAGAGCUCAGCCCACCAGGCACCGAGCCGUGCAUGGGGGAGACUUGGUGACGGUGACAGUUCGGAGGAGGAGGAAGGAGAAACGUGUCUGGCCCCACAGAAGGAUCUUUAAAUCCAAGAGCGGGGGAGGGAGGCUGGCAGCCACAACCGAGCUGGGCAUCAUGUCAGACACCCGGUGGCGAUGUGUUGAGAGGAACUUUUUACUAUGGUGAGGAGGACGCAGUAAGGACAUGGGAAAUUUGCUCCACUGAUCUCCAGCAGGAUUUGGGGCAGGGGAUCUGUCGGUCCGAGCUGUCAGGGAUUGCGCUCUGAGAAGAAAACCCCUACUGCUCAUGCCAUGAAGGAGGAGAAUUUUCUUCGUCGCAGGUUCUCUCUCUGUCCUGCUUCUUCCACCCCUCAGAAAAUUGACCCUCGCAAGCUGACACGGAAUCUGUUCUUCGGGGCUGAUAAUGAGAUCUACCCACUCAGCCCAGGAAAAGACAUGGAAGGAAACAGCCUGUCAGCACUGAAGGAUGAGGCUCCACAGACUCCAGUCUCCAUUAGUAAGACUGAGUAUAAGCUUUGCAAUGGGUCUGAUAAAGAGUGUGCGUCUCCCACAGCCAAAUUUACUAAGAAGGAGACAUUGAAGGUACAGAAGAAGAAUUACAGACAGGAGAAGAAAAGAGCCACCAAGCAACUCUUCAGUGCUCUAAAGGAUCCCAGUGUGGUGAUUAUGGCAGACUGGCUGAAGAUCCGUGGGACUCUGAAAAGCUGGACCAAGCUGUGGUGUGUUCUGAAACCAGGAGUGCUGCUGAUUUAUAAAACACCAAAGAUCGGUCAGUGGGUGGGCACCAUCCUGCUCCAUUCCUGCGAGCUGAUUGAGAGACCCUCCAAAAAGGAUGGCUUCUGUUUUAAACUCUUCCACCCCUUGGAUCAGUCCAUCUGGGCUGUGAAAGGUCCAAAGGGAGAAAAUGUUGGUUCCAUCACUCAGCCUCUUCCCAGCAGCUACUUGAUCUUCAGAGCAGCCUCGGAAUCAGAUGGCCGAUGUUGGUUGGAUGCUCUGGAACUUGCCCUGCGUUGCUCCAGUCUCUUCCGACUCAGCGCCUCCAAACAGGGGAAGGAUGGAGACCUGAACUGCUCUUCUGAUUCUUCACAUGCUGGGCUGUAUAACCUGUUGCACACGGCCACCAUCUCUGACCAGGAGCUCUUCCAUUUUAAUGAAUCAGCCCUGGAAAAUCACCACGUGGAAAAUGAUGCUUUUUCGGACAAGUCUGAGAGAGACAACAUAGAGGAGUCUGAGAAUGAAACUCAGGAGAACAGCCGGAAGACGAAUGAAAGCGAGAGUGACCAGUCUGAAAUUCACGGGGAUAUGUCCCAGGAAAGGAAAGGGACGACCUAUAUGGAACAGAUCUAUGAGGAAUUUGGGGAGGUAUCUCAUCACCCACCAGUGUCAGCCUUUCACGUCAGUAAUAGGAAGGAUGGGUUCUGCAUUUCUGGCAGCAUUCUAGCCAAGUCCAAGUUUUAUGGUAACUCACUUUCUGCGUUAUUGGAUGGGAAAGCCAAGCUUACGUUUCUAAACAGGGAUGAAGACUACAUCAUUACGAUGCCAUAUGCCCAUUGUAAAGGAAUUUUAUACGGUACCAUGACAAUGGAACUUGGAGGGAAAGUUACUAUUGAAUGUGAGAAAAGCAACCACAGAGCAGAGCUGGAGUUCAAACUAAAGCCCUUCUUUGGUGGCAGCACAAGCAUUAAUCAAAUCUCUGGGAAGAUUAAAUCAGGAGAAGAAGUGUUAGCAAGCCUUGAUGGACACUGGGAUGGGGAAGUGUAUAUAAAUGACUUGAAAAAUGGGAACACUGAAAUAUUCUGGAACCCAACCAGUGAGGUGCGGAGGCAGAGACUGAAACGCCACAUUGUGCUAUUUGAAGAGCAAACGGACUUUGAAUCGGAGAGACUUUGGCAGCAUGUAACAAGUGCAAUAAACAAAGGAGAUCAACACAAGGCAACUCAGGAGAAAUUUGUAUUGGAAGAAGAGCAGAGGAACGCUUCACGGGAGCGGAAGGAGAAUGGCACGGAGUGGAAGCCGCUGCUCUUCCGACAUGAUGCUGCUACCAAUGAAUGGCACUACAAAUACGAAGAUUUAAGGCCCUGGGACCCUUUAAAUGACAUUGCCCAGUUUGAGAAAGAUGGGAUACUUCAAACCAUGGAGAGGUACCUAUCCACAAGGAUGUCGUCCCACAAAACCAUGUGUAUAAACAACCAAGUUAUACGACACAAGAGAUCUGCGAAAGACUGCAGGCGUCGUAAAACCAGUGACCAACCAUCCAACCACAGCCAAAACACUGAGAGCAGCUGUUCAACACCAGAGUCUGUGCAGGAGCUGUCGGAUGAUGAUGGUUUUGAAAGUCCAUGUACACGGUGCGGAAAAGAAAUGAAUCACCUGAAGGAAAUCCACAUGACUGUCUUAUCCCUACAGAAAGCCCAGCAGGACAUACACAGAAACCUCACUGCUCUGAACAAAAAAUCUUUCUACAGGAAGGCCUCUUCCGAAAACCUCCUCCUGGACUCUCGCUGUUGGUUUCUCAUUUGCGUCUUUCUUACAUGUCAACUGUUCAUUAAUUAUGUCUUCAAAUAAAAGCACUACGUUUGGCAGCAAUAAAAGUUACUGGCUGCAGGAGGGUGACACUCACGCAAGGAGCCCAUCGAGGCACCAAGCACUUUAAAACCAACGCAGCAGAGCUGGAAGAAAGAGCCAGGCUAAAAGGGGACCCAGGGAACCAGCAGAGUUUAGUUCCUUCAGAUUGUCAUUUGCCUUUUUACGUGUACAUCUUCAAGGACCUCUUUACCUGUACGGGCCUUAAUGCUAAAGCCAAAUGUAGCUUUAAUUGUGCAAUUUGUUUUCUAUGUCUUGUCAUUUUCUGAUGCAAUCAAUAAUUACCAAGCAGUAUUGGUGCCCCAAUAAUGGCAAACAUCUACAUGGUUUUAGAAUGGUUCCAUUGGCUUGUUUUAUAGCUCUAAGGGCUGGGGGAGGUGGGAAGGGUUCUUAUUGUCAAUUUUCAAGAUGUCUGUCGGGUACAUUCAGUUAUGGGACGGGAACAACAGAUGAUGGUCCAAAAAUCCAACCACUUGGUUAUCGGUCACAGUUUCUCCUAGGAUCUUGCUGUUGACACACACACACACACACAGUUGGACCUGAAAAUAUGCAUCACACUCCACUGCACAGAGAUUGUAAAUAUGCACGAUUGCCGCCUUUAGGAAAAGGGAAUCAUUCAGUAAAGCUCCUCAUUCUGUUACAGAGCCGAUAAUGUCCUGAACUAGACCCACUGAGUCAAAUGUCAGACAUGCUUGUUUAUAAAUCCUGAUCCCUUUUUU